AUCAUACGAAACUCAAAGAAUGUUAUGAAAAAGGAAGAAAGAGGGUUCCGCGCCAGCACUAUGCUACGUGCCAGAAUGGAAUUCGAACGUUAAAAAACUAAGCAAUUAUCAAAGCAUUCUGCUGCAGUUUAAUCAUAGUUAGAAUGUCAGGCUUAAGAGCCCCAUCAAAUUAUUCUGAAGAACCACCUCGCCAUCCAAGUCUCAUGGUAAAUUCCCAGGAGCCUUUCAAUGCAGAGCCACCACGUUCGGCGUUGAUAGCUUCCUAUGUGACCCCAGUAGAUUUGUUCUACAAGCGAAACCAUGGACCAAUUCCUGUGCUUGAUGACACUGAAAGGUAUCGAGUUUCUAUAUGCGGUUUGGUGGAAAAGCCUCUGGAACUGUCAAUGGCGGACAUCAAGAAGUUUCCGAAGCACACUGUGACAGUGACAUUGCAAUGUGCAGGUAAUAGGAGGACUGCAAUGAGCAAAGUCAAGCCGGUGAAAGGUGUUGGAUGGGAUGUUUCUGCAAUUGGAACCGCCAUUUGGGGUGGUGCUAAACUUGCUGAUGUUCUUGAACUUGUGGGGAUCUCCAAGUUAACAUCAGUGUCACCCUUGGGAGGCAAGCAUGUUGAGUUUGUUAGUGUAGAUAUGUGCAAGGAGGAAAAAGGGGGACCUUACAAAUCUUCCAUUCCAUUAAUUCAAGCCACAAAUUUGGAUGCUGAGGUUAUACUUGCAUAUGAAAUGAAUGGAGAGACUCUAAACAGGGAUCAUGGAUAUCCUCUGCGUGUAAUUGUUCCUGGUGUAAUUGGUGCUCGAUCUGUAAAAUGGCUUAGUUCCAUCGAUAUUAUUGAAAAAGAAUGCCAGGGAUUUUUUACACAAAGGGACUAUAAAAUGUUUCCUCCUUCAGUAAACUGGGAAAAUAUAGAUUGGUCAACUAGAAGGCCUCAGAUGGAUUUUCCAGUUCAGUCUGUGAUUUGUUCUUUGGAGGAAGAAAAUACAGUAAAGCCCGGAAAGAUAGUAGUUCAUGGAUAUGCAGUAUCAGGAGGUGGUCGAGGGAUUGAGCGAGUGGAUGUGUCUUUUGAUGGAGGCAAUACAUGGGAGGAAGCAAUCAGAUACCAGAAGAGUACUGCAGUCCCAUAUGUUGCUGAUGAUACAAGUACUGGUGACAAAUGGGCAUGGGUGCUGUUUAAGGCAGAAGCAGAUGUCUCUCAUACUACUGAGAUCAUCACCAAAGCAGUUGAUAUAGCAGGAAAUGUCCAACCUGAAAAUGUGGCUGUCAUCUGGAACCUGAGAGGAAUACUAAACACAUCUUGGCACAGGGUUCGUGUUGAAUGUGUGUAA